UAAGUCGGGAGGGACAAAAGUAGUGGAGACCAGCGCAGCGCAGCAAACCUGAAACACUGAAAGGGGAAGUUAGCCCAUGCUAAUUGCCGACCGUCAGUAACUAGCUCAUUAACUAGCUAGCUACUGUACAGAGGUCACCAGACUUUGAUCGCAAUGGGGGUGAAAGACCGCCCUCAGUGUUACUUUGAUGUGGAGCUCAACCGGGAGCCAGUUGGACGCAUAGUCUUUCAACUUUUCUCAGAUGUUUGUCCCAAGACAAGCAAAAACUUUCUCUGUUUGUGCACUGGUGAAAGGGGAAUUGGGAAAAUCACAGGGAAAAAGCUGUGCUACAAAGGCUCCACAUUUCAUAGAGUUGUAAAAAACUUUAUGAUUCAGGGAGGCGACUUCACCGAAGGAAAUGGAAGAGGAGGAGAGUCCAUAUAUGGCGGCUACUUUGAAGAUGAGAACUUCACUCUCAAACACGACAGAGCCUUCCUAUUGUCGAUGGCCAAUCGUGGGAAGGAUACUAACGGUUCACAGUUCUUCAUCACAACUAAGAUGGCACCGCACCUCGAUGGAGUCCACGUCGUCUUUGGUCUAGUCAUCUCCGGCUUUGAAGUGAUAAAGAAGAUUGAGGGGCUGAAGACUGAUUCAGCCAGCAGACCCUAUGCUGAUGUGAGAGUGAUGGACUGUGGACAGCUGAUCACCAAGUCUGCUAAUGAUGUGCUUGAAGGCAAACGGAAAAGAGCCUCCCAUUCUGCUGACUCGUCCCUCAACUCCCGUGACUCGUCCUCUCAGUUGUCCACUUCAAUGGAGUCUGAAAGUGAAUCAGAUGAAAAGCACAAGCACAAGAGACACGCAAAGAGUAAACGAUCUAAAAAGAAAAGAAGGAAAUCAAAGAAGGAGAAGAACAUGGAUGUUUUGCCUUUGACGCAGUGUCCUGUGGAGAUGCUGGAGGGAGAGAAUGAAAUAGAAGAUGAGAAGGAGCACGGUGGCAAGAGAGAGAAGCCUGUUGUUCGGCCAGAGGAAAUCCCACCAGUGCCAGAGAAUCGCUUCCUGCUGAGGCGGGAUAUGCCGGCUCAGGAAGAUAAAACAGAAAUAGUCGAGAAAGAAGAAGUUCCUCUUUCAGCUGACCAGAAACCAGCAGUGUCGAAGUCUGGACGGAAGAUAAGAGGCAGAGGAACAAUCAGAUAUCACACUCCCACAAGGUCUAAAUCACGCUCUGCAUCUGUGGAGGAGCGUGGAAGCAGUGAAACUCCGCCACACUGGAAGGAAGAAAUGAAGAGAACUCACAUUUAUCAACCCCCGAGCAUGGAGAAGUGGAGCAAAGGAGACAAAUUGAAUGACCAUUCCUCAAGCAGAUGGGACAACAGAAGUGACUCUGCAUGGUCCCGGUCUGCUGAACGCUCCUCAGACCGCAGCUCUGAGAGAUCCAGCCAGCAUCGCCAGCAGAAAAAAGACAAGAAGAAAGCCAAACAUAAGAAGAAAUCCAAACACAAAAAGAAGGCCAAGAAGAAGAGCUCGAAGAGCAAACUUCAAGAAUCUUACUUUUCCGAUGGUGAAAGGUCAGUGUCUUCAGGAAGAAAAUCUAGAAGGUCUCAUUCUCCAACUCAUUCUUCUUCCAGUCUGCAUCAUUCGUCAACCAGAAGGAGACGGCGGUCACUGUCUCUCAGAGACUCACGGUCUUUCUCUCGGUCCUACACAUCCAGUCAGUCCAGAUCUCGAGGGAGGUCCAGGUCUUACUCAAGAUCCAGAAGCCUUUCCAGGUCUAGAAGUCGAUCUUAUACGAGAUCCAGAUCUCACUCUUAUUCGAAAUCCCGGUCAAGAUCCAGGUCAAGGUCCCGGUACAGAUCAAGAUCUUUGUCACCAUCCAGAAAAAGGAGUGUAUCUAGAUCUCCAAAGAGAAGAAAAACAGGCAAGCCCAAACCAGAUGUCAUGAGCAGUGUGCCUGACAAGCUUCCAGAGAGCAAAGUGACGCCUGUCCCCAGACUGCCAACAGUCCCAGCUCCUGAAAGUGUCCCUGUCAUCCCUCUGAGCGACAGUCCUCCUCCGUCACGCUGGAAACCAGGUCAAAACCCUGGAAGCCUUCCUACAUCCAUAUUCAGGAAAUUAAAGCUAAAGUAGCACCUAGUAUUAUUUCUUCUACAGGACAAGCAGCUGAUGGUGUUGCAGAAAAAGCUCAGACUUCUGUUACACCAAAGGCUCUGCCAGCUGAUUCUGAAAGCAACAAGGCACACAAAGCUGCAGGACGCUCACGUAGCAGGUCGU